AUGAAAUUAAAUAUUUCGUGCGCAACGAAAAUAUAUCCACUAGAGGUAGAUGUUGAGCAGCUUCCGAACAAUAUAAAUGAGCGCCAUAUUACCUCACCUCAAGAGGACAAUACUGUUAAUACUAGUACAACAUAUGCGGAAAAGAUUUCAACAUUUGGAUCGCUGAAACAUCAAAUAUGUUCACUGUACAGUAUCUCUCCGACUGCCUUAAAAAUCGUUCACAGAGGACGUAUUUUAAUGGGUGAUGAUUCUACUCCGCUGUCAUCUUUUAAUUUUAAAGAAAAUGAUAAAUUACUGAUUCUUGGCAAACCACCGACAACAGAAACAGAUGUUGGAUGGAAGCUGCUGGUAGAUUUCGAGCGGAAGCAUGUUGCGGAUGUAUCUAAAACAUAUGCAAAGAACACAAAUGAUUUGACUCAGUUGGAGAAAAAUUUCUUAAAAGAUCCUGAGAGGCGAGGAUAUAUCAAGGUAAUGGAUAAACGUUUGAAAGGAUACGCUGAAAAUUGCAUGAAACUCUUGGAAACACUUGACGGCUUGCAAAUCAAUAAUGAUAAUACGGAUGGAGGACAAGCUCAACGAAAUCGCGAGAAGCGGAAAUUCUUGGUGGAUGGACUACAGGAUGCAUUAAAUAAGAAUGAUAAAUUAAUGGCACGACUAACUGAUUACCUAAAUCGAUGCCAACAUCCUGAGGAUGCUUUGUAG